CUCUCUCAUCUGUCUGUCUCUCCAAGUAGUCUUCGCAAUCUGAGCGCUCGUGCUCUUGCUGCUGCUGCUGCUCCUGCUCGUGCUCUUGCUCCUGCGUGCGUGCGUGUGUGUGCGUGUGCGCGCGUGUGUGUCUGUCUGUGUGUGUGUGUGUGUGUGUGUGUGUGUGUGUGUGCGUGCGUGUGUGUGUGUGUGUGUGUAUAUGUGUGCGCGCGCGCGCCUCACUGUGUCGUCCCUGCGCUGGUUCCCCGGGAUCAUGGAGCUCGCGACGCGCUGCUUGCUGGUGCCGCCGCCGCUGUUGCUGCUGCUGCUGCUCGCGAGCCUCGGCGCGGCUUCCGCGGCCACCGACUGGGACGCGGCGAUCGCGGCGGACGAGCCGAGCUACUACGACGAGGCGAUGAUGAGUCCCCCAGAAGUGAUCGACUACAAAGACCCGUGCAAAGCCGUGGCCUAUCUGGGGGACAUUGCGCUUGACGAAGAGGACAUGCGCAUGUUUAAAGUGGACCGCAUCGUGGAUGCCGUCCAGAAAACGGUGAUCAACCUCAACAGUACAGCAGGAGUGUCAGCCAAUGACACGAGCCCGAACGCUGCCAGGACCACUUUCCGGCGUAGGAAGAGGGCAGCCACAUCUCGCCCUGAAAGGGUGUGGCCUGAGGGCGUCAUCCCUUAUGUCAUAAGUGGCAACUUUAGUGGUAGUCAAAGAGCGAUAUUCAGGCAGGCGAUGAGACACUGGGAGAAACACACGUGUGUGACAUUCAUCGAGAGAACCACAGAGGACAGCUACAUCGUCUUCACCUACCGGCCGUGUGGGUGUUGUUCGUAUGUGGGCCGCAGGGGAGGCGGACCUCAAGCCAUUUCCAUCGGGAAAAACUGCGACAAGUUUGGAAUCGUGGUACACGAGCUCGGUCAUGUGAUCGGUUUCUGGCAUGAGCACACGCGGCCAGACCGAGACGACCAUGUCAGCAUUAUACGGGACAACAUUCAGCCUGGACAGGAGUACAACUUUUUGAAGAUGGAGCCCGGUGAAGUGGACUCUCUAGGGGAAGUCUAUGACUUUGACAGCAUCAUGCACUAUGCCAGAAAUACAUUUUCCAGAGGGAUUUUCCUGGACACCAUCCUCCCACGCUAUGACAUAAACGGCGUGCGUCCGCCCAUCGGCCAGAGAACCAGACUGAGCAAAGGAGACAUCGCACAGGCACGCAAACUUUACAAGUGUCCAAGAUGUGGAGACAGUCUGCAGGACAGCAGUGGGAACUUCUCGUCUCCCGGUUUCCCCAACGGCUACUCAGCAUACAUGCACUGUAUCUGGAGAAUCUCAGUCACGCCAGGCGAAAAGAUCAUUCUCAAUUUCACCUCCAUGGAUCUGUAUCGGAGUCAUCUGUGCUGGUACGAUCACGUGGAGAUCAGAGAUGGAUAUUGGAGGAAAGCCCCACUCAAAGGUCGAUUCUGUGGAGACAAGCUUCCAGAGCCGAUCAUUUCGACAGACAGUCGUUUGUGGAUCGAGUUCAGGAGCAGCAGCAACUGGGUGGGCAAAGGCUUCUCAGCUGUGUAUGAAGCUAUCUGCGGUGGUGAAGUGAAGAAGGAUAAUGGGCAGAUCCAGUCUCCUAACUACCCAGAUGACUACAGACCCAAUAAAGUCUGUGUGUGGAAGAUCACAGUUUCUCAGGGUUACCAUGUAGGCCUCACUUUCCAGUCCUUUGAAAUCGAGAGGCACGACAGCUGCGCUUACGACUAUCUAGAGGUUCGUGAUGGGAACUCGGAAAACAGCCCACUGCUGGGUCGCUUCUGUGGAUACGACAAACCGGAAGACAUCAAGAGCAGCUCCAACCAGCUGUGGAUGAAGUUCGUGUCUGAUGGCUCAGUCAACAAAGCCGGGUUUGCCGCCAACUUCUUCAAAGAGGUGGACGAAUGCUCGAGACCGGACAACGGUCGCUGUGAGCAACGCUGCGUAAACACACUCGGCAGUUAUAAGUGUGCGUGCGAUCCAGGCUUCGAGCUAGCCGCGGACAAACGAAGCUGCGAGGCUGCGUGCGGCGGCUUCAUCACCAAGCUGAACGGCUCCAUCACGAGUCCUGGCUGGCCGCGCGAGUACCCGCCGAACAAGAACUGCGUCUGGCAGCUGGUGGCGCCCACGCAGUACCGCAUCACGCUGCUCUUCGACGUCUUCGAGACCGAGGGCAAUGAUGUGUGCAAGUACGACUUCGUGGAGGUCAGAAGUGGACUUUCUGCAGACUCCAGGCUACAUGGGAAAUUCUGUGGCGCAGAGAAGCCGGAGACCAUCACCUCUCAAUACAACAACAUGCGCAUCGAGUUCAAAUCGGACAACACCGUGUCCAAGAAGGGCUUCAAGGCCCAGUUCUUCUCAGAUAAGGACGAGUGCUCCAAGGAGAACGGUGGUUGCCAGCACGAGUGUGUGAACACCUUCGGUAGCUACAGCUGCCAGUGCAGGAGCGGUUUUGUCCUCCAUGAAAAUAAACACGACUGCAAAGAGGCCGGCUGUGAUCAUACGGUGAACAGUGUGAGUGGAAUCAUCACCAGUCCCAACUGGCCUGAUAAAUACCCCAGUAAGAAAGCGUGCACAUGGGCUCUCUCCACCACACCGGGACAUCGUAUCAAAAUCGCUUUCAAUGAAAUCGACAUGGAACCUCAUUUAGAGUGCGCGUACGACCACAUCGAGAUCUACGAUGGGCGCGACGGGAAGGCGCCCAGCCUCGGACGCUACUGCGGUGCCAAGAAACCUCCUCCGGUCACGUCGAGCGGGAACAAGAUGUUCAUCCGCUUCUUCUCUGACAACUCGGUGCAGAAGAAAGGAUUCGAAGCCUCGCAUACCGCAGAGUGCGGAGGACAGUUAAAAGCCGAGGUGAAAACCAAAGACAUCUAUUCACAUGCCCAGUUUGGGGACAACAACUACCCUGGUGCGUCAGACUGCCAGUGGGUGAUAUCAGCUGAGAAGGGCUACGGCGUCGAGCUCAUCUUCCAGACGUUUGAGAUCGAAGAGGAAGCCGACUGCGGCUACGACUACAUGGAGCUGUUCGACGGAGCCGACACCAAGGCCCCAAGGCUUGGUCGCUACUGCGGAUCAGGGCCUCCUGAGGAAAUCUACUCGGCCGGCGACUCCAUCGUCAUCAAGUUCCGAUCAGAUGACACCAUCAACAAAAAGGGCUUCCACGUGCGCUACACUAGCACCAAGUUCCAGGACACGCUGCACUCGCGCAAGAAGUGACCCCUAGUGGCCGGGAGGGGCCGUGCAGGGCCCAGGGGGAGGAGUCGAGGCGCCAGGCGGAGGGCGCAGCCCGUUGCACGGAGCCCCCCGGCCGCCAAUGCCAGCCGCAAGAACGAUGCCAACCGCACCUCAGUAGCUCGCAGGGGCUCUGGUGCCCCCUACUGACUGUGAGGAGUAAAGCCAUUCCACAGUAGACCUUGUUUUUACCUUUUUUUAUGAUUAAUGAUCAGGGGUUGAAGGGGUGGAGUUUGGGGUAGGAAAAGGGAGCUGUAUUUUGAUUAGAGGAAUAUUUGUUGUAUCAUGGAUGGGAGGGGGGCAUGAAUAGAGGAGCGUAGAUGAUCAGAAUAUGAUCACCCUUGGAAUCGUUGUUUUUUUUGUUUGUUUUUUGUUUUUUUAAUGAGCCGAAAUGCAAUUGCAACACCCACACACACACCUACAUACACACACACACACACUGAGGGCCCUACAAGAUCUCAAGCAGGAUGAUGAAGCAUUCAGAUAUCAUCGAAGCAGACAGCAACACCACAACACAAAGAAAGAAAGGAUUGAUGGAUAUAAGAAUUAAAGUGUGGAUCGAAUGUUUUCUUUUUUUUUUUUUUUUCUUUUUUUUUUUUUCCCUCUCCCAGGGCAUUAUGGGAGACCUCUUUCAUUUCCACAUACACACAGUUGUGCCCGGCUGGUUUCACAACUACUACUUGAGUUGCUGACAUUGUUUGUCAGACUGAUGCAUGUAACAACAGAAAAAACCCCAGGAAAACUAAACAGCAAACAGGGCCAUUUUAUGUGACUGCACAAGCCAUUGUAAUUUUUUUUUCCUGGCUAUUCAUCCAGGAAGCUUCCUUUUUCAUAUUAGCGUUAUUGAUGAAAGUAAAAAAAAAAAAGAAGAAAGAAACAGUUAUCGUAUUAAAAUAUUAAUAAAUGAAAUGUGGCCCAUGUGGUCUGUUGGCUGUUAAUUGCUUUUCCAUAAAAAAAUGUGCAAAAAAGGUGAUUAUUUUGGCUUUAAAUACACAAUAGUUUUAGGCUUCUGCUUAACAUGUCUCUGUCCCCAAAUUGUGCUAGUAAAUUCAACAUGCCAUGGGUGGUGAUGGUUGGAGAGCAAAUUAUAUUUCUCGAAUGAGAUUCAGUGCAAGUAAUUUAUUUCAGCUGUUGAAAUGUCAUAUUACAUGUCUCUCUCUCCUUCAUUAUCAGCAUUACAUGAUUCUCUAUCUACCCCCCCUCCCCACACACACACACACACUGUGCUGUACAAAAAUUUUUUUUAAAGCCUUAGUGCUUCUCUUUAACAUUUGCCUGUUCUUCUCUUUUCUGCUCUGUAUUUUGUAUUCUAAUAUAAAGCACACGAGCUGUAACGUACCCCCGAACAUGUCCCCCCUUCCACCUACUUCCUCUUGGAUGUCUUUUUCUGGGCAUAUUCCCUUCCAAAAUGUUGUCAUUCCUUUUGUAAAAUACUGAUUUAAGCAAUUAUCUUGUAUCUCGUUUGUAAAUGCAUUAAACCCUUUGAAUAAGCACAACCUGUAUGCUAAACUAGCUGGUUAGAUUCCUUGCUAAUAUUUUGCUACUGAUGUCUUCUGACAAAUUUUGGCAAAUUAUGUUUGUUUAAAUUAAUAUACUGAAACACAAUGCUUGCCUGACUGAGGCUAGUUUGAUUCUAGAUAACUAGCCAAUUUUUUUGAUAAUGUUUUUUGUUCAGGUCUGGCUCCUGUGCAAAUAUAUGACCAAGUAAAUCAAGACUUAAAUACUCAAAGUAUGUCUAACCAGCUAGCUAGCUUUGCCAGAUUUACUGAUAUAUUUUGUUUUUGGGCACUGUUAAGCUGGCCACUUUUGCUCUAAUAUCCCUGAGGCAAAAGCUAGCUUUUAAUCAAGCUAGCUAGCCCUGAUAAUGUUAUUGAGAUGACCGUGUCAAUCAAGUUUACAGUACUAGAUUAAACGCUUGUCUACCUUUUAGGCAAGCCUUAGCAAGCUAGUUUGAUUCUUUUUAUCUAGCUUUGCUAUUGUUAUUGAUAUGACAGUGUGAAUCAAGACGCUAAAACUAGAUCACACUUGUGUCUACCUGAGGCAAAUGUUUGCUAGUUUCCUAGCAGUUAACUAGCUACAUUAGCUAAUGGUCAUGAUAUAUUUGGGCAGGCAGUUUCAUAUGUAAGAAAGCUAGCUUAUUUAACAUUGCUAAGAUUUUUUGCUACUGUUAAAUACAUAAUUUUUUUCAGUAUAUGAGAAUGAACAUCAGGACUUGGAUACUGAAACUUGAUCUCACUCGUGUCUACCUGAGAAAAACAUAUGGGCUAGUUUUCUAGCUGUUAUCUAGCUAGCUAUCUUAUUUAAAGUUGCUCAAUGUUUGGCUACUGUUAAAAACCUUUUGUUUAGUAUAUAUGUACGUACAUCAAAACUCUGAUUCUGAAACCGUUCUCACUCAUGUAAUACGAACCAGCUUUCUAGCUCUUAACUACCCAGCUAGGUGUGCUAGUAUGUUUUAUUUAACAUUGCUAACAUGCUUGGCUACUGUUAAAUACACUUUUGAGUAUAUGAGAAUAUAAAUCAAGACACUGAUAUUGACCUCACUGGUGUAAGAAAAAUGUUAUUCCAGCUGUAUUAGCUAGUCAUUUAUACAACCCAGCUAAUACUACUAUUUUGCUAGGUCUGGUUCCUGUAAAGUAAAAAAAAGUAUUGAUAUUAAUCAAGAAUUAAGGCUAGCAUGAAGUCGGUUUUUCUAGCAUUCAGAGCUCAUUAAACAAAUGUAUAAUUCUACAUAGCUGUUCGGGGGUACUUUAAACAAAUGUGGUGAUGUUGAAUUGAAUCUAAAGAGGGUGUCUAAAGUGGGAAAUCUCCAUUGAUGUUAAUGAAGGUGUGGAUAUGAGAGUUCGGGGAGUUUUUGUCUGAUGCAAGUAUGGGUUUUUUGUUUUUGGCAAUACCUCAGGCCUCAGAUAUUAUUGUUAUUAUUAUUAUUAUUAUUAUUGUUAUUAUUACAUUUUUAACUGGUCCAGCUUUGUCCAACAAUUAAUUAUAUGAACUAUAUCACUUAUAUCAACUUGGACCAACGUAGUACCUCAGUGAAGAAGAGCAAGGCUGAGUGGUGCUUCUGCAAAAAUGAGCCUAAUCAGUUUGAUGGACUUAGCACUUAGCUUUUUCAUAUUUUUCGAAACAUAUAUUCGACCUGGAGCAACAAAUGGAGUACUGUUAUUUUUUUUUUCCUUUUUUAUUUAAACAGUACAGAUGUAAUGUUAGUGCUUUUUAAAAGCAUCGCAUUACUAGCUCAGUAUGAUCUGUAUGGUUCGAAGAUACACAGCAUGUCGAGUGUUACUGAGGGCAGUUGCUAAGUGUUUUAAGACUCCGUCCUUGUUGCUUCCCCCGCUUUGUACUAUCGAUUCAUAUGUCAUGCUGUCGCUACAAAAUAGAGCUUCCUAUCCUCCAGUAAUGGUACAGGUAUACCAACUGUUCUCUUGUUCCCUCACUCAUUCCAAUCUUGUGUUUUCCAGUCAUCCAAUCUUAGUGUAAUUUGUCCGAGGUCUUUUUUUUUUCUUCUUCCAGGGACAGAAGCUGAUUUCGAGUCCUGUCAGGCUGUUGAAGGUGUGUGUGUGUUUGUGAGCACUUGUGUGUGAGAAGGUACACAGACCUUGCCUAAUUGGUCUGGAUUGUGCCAGCCUGAGACUGAGCCUCUGUCUGAAUUAUUUACCAGCCAUCACCUUGCUCCCCCCUUUCUUUCUUAUUCUUUUUCCUCCUGCAGAAAUCGUAUUCACAAGGCACCUGCAAAUGUACUUUCAUCUCCCUCUAUGAUCUUAUUUCGCUCCGUCUCUGUCUGCCACGAACUCUUUUGAGUCUCAGGUUCAAGCGUCUCUGACUCACUUUGGGACCUGCUCGAUUCCAUUUACUUGACAGUCACCCCUUGGGCGAAGUGGUGCAUCGGUUAAGGAGGUGAACAGCUUUCGUAAAGAGAAAGUUCUAAAAGUAAUGAAUAGCAAUGACACAAAAAGAAAAUUUAUUAGUAUUUUUUUUUUUAAAGGUGGUACUUCCCUCACUUUGUAUACUGAUCACUUUUAUACUGAUGCGAUGUUGGUUUCCUGGAUGUCAAGCGACUGUCUGAUGCACACUGACUUACCAAAUCUGUUGGGUUUUUUCCCCACCAUAAUGCAUUUCUAUUAAAUGUCUUAUUCUAGUUAGCUUUUUCUUUCUUCUUUGUUUUCUUGUUUUGUUUUUGGUUUUAAAGGUGGAACACUUCUGCUGAUGCCCGCCGUAACAUUGUGGCUCUGGUUGAAUUUCUAAUUGACCACAAAUAGCGUUUCUAAUGUCUCUUGAUUUGUAGAUAAUCCAUAAUCUGAUGCAAACGCCUGUGUUGUAGCGAGUGCUUUAAUCCCAGUGUGGAUGAAUAAGCCAAGUGGCUCAGAUCUGUCUACCUUUAACAUUAUUGUACGGUUGAUCUAGUUUGCCCUAAUUGAUUGAGGUCACUUAUCAACUAUGGGGAUAUGUUUAUGCCUUUCAAUAUAUGUAUGUAUGUAAAUAUGUUUGAUUGUUGUAUUACCGAGUACACUAAACCAUAAUAACCUGUCGAGAAAUAAGGCUUUGUGUAAUUGUGCACACACACACCCACACACAAGAUGCAAUUUAUUUAUAUUGUAUAGCUGAUUCUGGUUGAUGUAUUUGCACAUAGUAUUAACAAGUGCAUAUAUUUCAUAAAGUGUUAUUUUCAUUUCA